AUGUUGUCGUCAAUUGCUCUCGCUUCAGCCAUCCUGGCCACCACCAUCUCGGGCCACGGCAACCUCGUCACACCUCCUCCUCGUGUGCCUGGCCCAGCCAUGGUGGUAGCCUGCGGCCAGCAGAACGUUGACUCUGUGCUGGCAGACUCCGGCAUCCCGCUAGAGAAUUUCCGCAAUGUCCCCGCAACCUGCCAACUCGAUUUGUGUCGCGGCGCCACAUUCACAGACAAUACGGACCGUGUUCAGACGUUCGCCGCCGGUCAGGUCGUACCGAUCACGGCCGAGAUUCCUAUCCCCCACGAGGGACCCUGCAAUGUUUCCCUUGUCGACACAGCAUCCAACACCGUUAUUGGUCUACCUCUCAUCUUGUUCCAGAGCUACGCAGACGAGAAUCUCGCUCAGCUCCCUCCAAACAACACGGCGUUCGAAGUCACUAUUCCUCAGCUGCAGCCUGGGCAGUGCACACAAGCAGGCGAGUGUACGAUGCAGUGGUUCUGGUUCGGUACCAACGCUCAGCAGACGUAUGAGAGCUGCGUCGACUUUGUGUUGACUUGA